GAAUGACAGAGCAAGCAGGAAAUGAGAUACAAGCUUCUCUGGUUGUUAUAAGCACCGACAGGAAUGCACGUGAAAGAAUUGUGUAUAAAUAGAGGUGAAGUCUGCUAAUAGAAUGCACAAGCAUCAGAGCAAUCUGCAUUUUGUUCUCAGAGAAGAAAACAUUCUCCAGCUAUGGGUCUUCUCCUGAGCACCCUUCAACAAACUUUAAUGAAGUUCACUGGAUACGAAGCCCGGAUCCUGAUGUUGGGUCUGGAUGCUGCCGGGAAGACAACUAUCCUGUACAAGCUAAAGCUGCGCGAGACAGUCACUACAAUCCCCACCAUUGGGUUCAAUGUAGAGACUGUGGAACCCAUGCGCAAUGUCACCUUCACCGUGUGGGAUGUAGGAGGUCAGGACAAGAUCAGAGCCCUAUGGAAUCAUUACUAUAAAAACACAGAUGGGCUCAUAUUUGUGGUGGACAGUGCCGACCCAACGAGAUUUCUGGAGGCCACCUCAGAGCUCAGCGCCAUCCUGGAGAGCGAUGAAAUGAGAGGAGUCCCCUUUGUGGUGAUGGCCAAUAAGCAAGAUCUACCUGGUGCCAGGAGACCAGGAGAACUGGCUGAAGAGCUGGGGCUAAGGAAGAUGAAAGGACACCAAUGGCAUGUCCAAGGAUGCUGUGCCACCACCGGGGAUGGACUUAUUGAGGGACUGGAGAUACUCAGUGACUUGGUGAAACAAUUUAAGAAGAACAAGCCAUUUUGACCAUGUCUACCAGAGAAAAGUGGGACUUAAAUCUUGAUCUUCUUCUAAUAAUAUUUGCAUUAGCAAAACUCAAAUCUUAAUUGUAAAAACAUGAAUUGAAAUUGAAUGUACUGAAGUGACUACAACACAUCCGCGCAAUGGUGCGAGGUGUGAGCUGAACAUCACGCCACACAAGUCAAUACUGGAUGAUGUGACUAUGGACAAUUCGUGACAACCUUCUACAGUAAAGAGCCCGGCAAUAGACUGGGGAAAAGGAUAAUGCAAUAUACUGUAUAUCAUGUAUAUCACUACCUGCUAUUUCUAUUACUUCUCAGUGUAUUAACAUUGAGCUUUAUAAA